AAUGCGCGUUCGCAAGGGAGGCCCCCUUCCUCGAAAGCGGGCUCGGGGAGACAGGCGACUGGCAAGGGGCCCAAGCGCUCCCUUCUCCCGCCCGGCUCCGCCUCCGCCCUCCUCGGAGCUCGCCGGCUAGACCCGGGAGCGAGCGGGGCGGAGGAGGCUCCCCGAGUGGCGCCUCCUUCAAGCGCGGGGCUUGACUGUCCCGCCCGCUCAGUCCGGCUGUUCUGGAGAGGCAACGGCGCAAGGAAACGGGCACGGCGCUUUCCAGCCCGCCGCGAUGCGGAAUCCAUCUGUAGAAGGAACCUGACUAGAUUCCCAAGGAUGAAGCCCUCCUGCUUUCUGCGCUUCUUGCCACUCUUGUUGCUGUGCCCAGCAGGAGCCCCCUUCCGGAUCUGUGCCUUCAACACUCAGCGCUUUGCCCAAGGGAAGGCAAGCAAGGCCAGCGUCAUGGACACACUUGUCAAGAUUCUCUCUCGUUGUGAUAUCUCUGUCCUACAAGAGGUGAUGGAUGCUAAGGGAAAAGCAGUUCCUGCCUUGGUGGCUGCCCUGAAUCGGUAUCAUAGUUCUAGUCCCUAUACCUACCUCACCAGCCCUCUGCUGGGCCGGAACAACUACCAAGAACGCUAUGUAUUCAUAUACAGAGAACAGAAGACUCAGAUGCUGGACUUCUUCUCCUAUGAGGACAGACAUCCAGACCGGCCUGAUGUCUUCGCUCGCGAGCCCUUCAUUGUCCGCUUCAGCAUUCCAAACAAAAAACUCAAGGAGCUGGUGUUGAUCCCCCAGCACACAAUGCCCAAGGCAGCUGAAACUGAAAUAGAUGCUCUCUAUGAUGUUUUCCUGAGUGUGAAGGAACGCUGGGCCACAGAGGACAUGAUUUUCUUGGGUGAUUUCAAUGCUGACUGUGGCUAUGUGGCAAAGAAACGCUGGGGACAAAUCCGCCUACGCCAAGACCCUGGCUUUCACUGGCUCAUCAGUGACAAUGCUGACACCACCGUUCGGGACACAACCCACUGUGCCUAUGACAGGAUUGUGGUGCAUGGAGAACGCUGCCUGGCUGCUGUGGUGCCUGGAUCUGCUCAGCCAUUCAACUUUGCCAAAGCAUUUGGGCUCUCAGAAGCAGAGGCUUUGGAGAUCAGUGACCAUUAUCCUGUAGAGGUGGAACUGAACAGAGCCCAUUGGAGAUACCAGCAAGCCAGUCCAGCUGGCCUUGUGUUGCUGGCCUUAGUCAUGCUGGCUGGGUCAGGAUAUGACAUCUAAAGCUGUUAUGAUACCAGGGGUCCAAAUGCUGGUGGCUGCCUUGGCCCUACAGUGACAGAAGCGUAGAACUGCCAAGAGGAUUCCCUUUUUUUACAUGAGAAUGGAUGGCUUGCCUAUGGUCACCCAUGGAGUGAGCUUCGACGUGGGACUUUCACAGUUUACACUUGGUCAGCCAGCAUAUUAUGUUUUUGUUGCCCCUGCAGUCCUGUAGAAGCAGAUUUUAAACACUGAAGGAAGCAAUAUAUUGAUGCAGUCGGAGCACCCUCUUCAGCAGAAGAGAUCCUUCAGUACAACUGGACCACUUAUAGGAAGGUGAAUUCUGUCUGGCAGCUGCACCAAAGAAGAUUUGCAUGGAUUUUCAGGCACCCUCAAUCUCAGGCUUCCCAGGACCAGAUCUGGGUACAGUUUCAGGCUACUUCACAUGGGCGUACCCAGCAUGGGGCAGGGGGGCAGCUGCCCCCCCAAAGCAAUUUUUUUUAAAAAAAUCAUCCUGCUUCACGGUGGCUGCAGCUGAGCUGGAGACGUGUCGGGUCCUGCAAGAAGAGCCUGAAGCGGCUCAGCAAGGCGCAGCGGCGUCGCUAGCCUUCUGGCUGCCCGGAGCAGCAAAUCAGAAGGCACCCCGCCAGGGGGCAGGGCGUCCAUUGCGUGCAUAAAGGCUAGCGACGCCGCUGGGAGGAAGGGACCCGCGCGAAGGGAAAGGAGGAGCAAUGGAGACAGGGAAGCGGCUUCCUUCUCCUCUCCAUUUCUCCCUCCCCUCCUCAAGCUCCAGCGUGAGGGCAGCACGGGAGCCGCGUCCCUAACCAGCCCAGCCCCGGCGGUGGCGCCACUUACUGCUCCUGCCGGCCGCAGCCCGACAGUGUGCCCAACCCCGCUCUCCCCGACUCCAAGGGCUGCACAUGGGCUGCUCCUGGCAGCUGCAACAAUGGCCCACAGCGGCGCAGCGCCUCAGCAGCUCCCGGGAUCGGUGCACCCUCAGAGCAGACGCCGCCACUGCUUCUGUUUGGGCUGCAGCGGCAGCAGGAGCUGCGGAAAGGGGAGGGGUUUCGCAGCAGGAGGCAGAGAAGGCGGAGGGGCUCCAAGCCGCAGAGCCAGGCCUUGCCCUCAGCUCACGCCCCCGCCGGGUCUGUGGGAAGCAGAAGCAACUCGAGGACGCAGCUGCUCGGCUGCUCGGCCAGCCAGCCAGCCCUCCCUCUCUCCCUCCCUCCUCCUCCUCCUCUGGCGGGGCAGCCGUCGGUGGAGGUGGCGAGGGGGCGCCGUGCUGCCCCCCACAAAGUGGAGCCUGGGGCCCCCGCCCCCUAUUGUGACGCCCCUGGCUGCACACGCGCGCUCUCCCCCGGGGCAGCGCCCAGGAUUAAACUUCUUCCCGGAGUCAGUUUCACCUGGGCUCCGUAGCCCCGCCCACAUUCCCACUUUGUGGCCCCUCCCCUCCUGUGCCUUGGCCCAACCCCUGAACGACCAUGGCUCCCCCCCCCCCCAGUUUUGAUCCUGGGUACGACCCUGCUACUUCAGAAAUUUGCAAAAAGGGAAUCAGCUGGCUGCUGAUGAAAGUUUGUGUCACUGCUCAGUUACAAUCAAAGAAUUGGGAUGGGCCUUGAAAAGGGCCAACAAAUCACCUGAACUUUUGCCAGAAGAACCUUUCUACACAUAGCACAGACAUGGGACUGUACCAUUCUGGACUACAGGUGGGGUUCAUUGAAAAUGAACGCUGCUCUGUGUCAAAUACUGUCUCUCUGUAAAAAGCUGGCAUAUCAGAGAGGAGGAGGCCCCAUCUGCACCAUUUAAAGCAGGAUCAUAGCACCUUGAUCAGCCAUGGUUUCCCCCAAAGCAUCCUAGGGAGAUUAGUAAGUUAAGGGUGUUGAGAGUUGCUAGGAAGCCCCUGUUCCUCUCACAGAGCUACAAUUCCCAGAGUGCCCUGGGCAGAGGGAUUGACUGUUAAACUACUGUAAAAAUUGUAGCUCUGGAAGGAGAAUGGGGGUUGCUCCUUCUAAUUCUCAGCACCCUUAAGAAACUAGGGCUUCCAGGAUUGUUUGGGGGAAGCCAUGGUUGUUUGAAGUGGCAUGAUAUUACUUUAAAAUGGGUAGUGCACCCAGAGCCAGAAGCUGCUAUCAUUCUCCCUGUUGUGUUAAUUCCCAGGGUGCAGGGAGGGUUUUUUUAUAGGAGGUAGAGCCUACAGUACCUGCAUUUUGAAGUAGCACAGUCCCAAUAAAGCUUCAGAGGACUUUUCCCACAUGAGUAAAUCUCAAUAUCCAACCUAAAAAAAGUCUUCCAAGCAGAGGCGUAGGAGAGGGAGCGGUGGUGGGAAAACCGCCCCGGGUGCCCUUACUGAGGGGGGUGACAUUUGGCAUGCCGCCUGCCCGCGACUCCCAAGCAUACCCUAGCUGUCGGGGUAAGGGGGGAGCUGUGCCGCUUUGCUGGGGGCAUUCCCCCCCUUCCCCCUUCAUUUUGACAGCUUGGGGGAGGGUUGGGAGUCAUGGGCGGGUGGCAUGCUGAAUGUCCGCCAUGGACAGCUUGCUCCACCCCCAUGAGCGGCUCUGCCCCUGGCUGCGGGGUGCGUGCGCCGCCCCAGGCACCCUCCGCGCCACGCCCCCUUCGGGAGCGCACCAGCCCUGGCCAGCACGGGCAUAUGCUCUGCCGCUGCUUCGAAGCCAAAAAACAUGCAGCAGAACUUCACCACCUUUCUAAUCCUCCUCCUACUGCUGAAGUGCUCUUUAGGAAGAACUGUUAAUGAAGUGCAGUCUAGAUCUACCUCUCGGUCGUUUAUAUAAUUUACCUCUUGUACUUCUUCCUCACCUACAAUUGAUAGGGUGAUAUAUCAGCAUGUCAGCGUGCUCACUGAUCAGGCUUUCCACUCCCUGCCUUU